AUGUUAGAAUAUCCUGGAGGACACAGCCACACAGAUCACCGCCACAGAGCCGUGGAGCUGGACUGCUGCAGCGGACUGAGGCUGACGAGCUCUGGACCCUCUGUGGGGUCUGAUCCUAGACCCUCUGUGGGACUGGAUAUGGGUCUGAUCCUAGACCCUCUGUGGGGUCUGAUCCUAGACCCUCUGUGGGGUCUGAUCCUAGACCCUCUGUGGGGUCUGAUCCUAGACCCUCUGUGGGGUCUGAUCCUAGACCCUCUGUGGGGUCUGAUCCUAGACCCUCUGUGGGGUCUGAUCCUAGACCCUCUGUGGGGUCUGAUCCUAGACUGUGUAUGGGUCUGA